CACGUGCUCGGGCUCCUUAGUCAGAGAAAAGCGUUUUCGGUGGACGUGAUUAGUAUAAUUUUUACCCGUAGUGAUAGUUUGGUGGAUAAGGUACUAACACACACGGAAAUAGGGGUGGAUGGAUACUCAACCGAACACCGUAUAUACAUCACCGACGAUCUAUAUCAUACUGGCCGUGUGUUAUCCAACCUCGACACUGGCGGAAUCAUCAAGCCCUGAUGGAGCCAUAAUACACAAAAAUUGAUUGAUUGAUACUUUAUAUUGUUGCAUACCUUGAUCCCCUUGAUCAAAACAACAAUAAAACGAUACUAUCUCAUUCAAACAAGGUGACCUUACUUUAACUGAAUGCGUUCUGUUAUUUAAUAUUUGGACAUGGAAGUCAUGUAUCUGGGAUUAGCUAUACCAGCCGCAGUGGCCAUAUUCGUCGUUUCAAGAGCUCUUUAUUUGAUUAUACAGAUAAUCUCUUCAAAUUGUCACUUAGAAAAACAUGCAUCUUUACGUACUAUGCUCUGCAUUGGAUCUGGUGGACACACAACAGAAAUGCUUCGGAUAUCAAAAAAGCUAGAUUUACAUAAAUAUCAAGAUCGCUUGUACAUAGUUGCCGAUAAUGACACUAGUAGUGAAAUAAGAGUACAUAAAUCAAUUGAGAAAGGUACUAAUUACGCUAUUAGUAAAAUACCUAGAAGUAGGAAUGUGAGGCAGUCAUACAUUACGUCCGUGUUCAGUACUUUGUAUGCUACUUUACAUACAGUUCCAGUUGUGUAUACAUUCAAACCAGAUGUUAUUUUUUGUAACGGCCCGGGUACAUGUAUACCUAUUUGUAUAGUUGCUUUCAUGUUACGCUGUAUGUUUUUAUUGGACUGUAGGAUAGUGUUUGUGGAAAGUAUUUGUAGAGUAAGAACCUUGUCAUUGUCAGGCAAGAUUUUACAAUAUUUUGCAGAUGUAAUGGUUGUUCAAUGGCCUUCGUUACGAGAUGUGUGUCCUAGAGCUAAAUAUUUUGGAAGGCUGACAUGAAUAAUAUGCUGAAUCUUGUUAACCCUUUACCAGGCUAAGGGAUAUAUAUUUCCCACAUACGGCACUUCAAAUGUGUGUCCUAUUUUCGAUGACUGACAUUUGAUUGUCAUUUUUUUUUUAAUGUCAGCCUGGCUGUAGUUAUGAAUUAUUUGAAAUGAACAAAUUGUCACUACAAUCUUAACCUCCU